UUGCACAAAGCUGCAGAGGAAGAGAUGACUGAGAUUUGCAGGUUUCUUGUUCUCAGCAAAGCAGACGUGCAUAUUAGAGACAGCAAUGGGGAUACAGCUUUGCAUAUUCUAUCUAGAAAAGGGGACUUGAAAACUCUAGAAGUUGUUUGCCAGGCUCUCACUGUGGCAACUGUUCUGUCCAUCAAGAACAGUCGUGGAGAUUCGCCUCUGCAUAUUGCAAGCUCCUAUGGAUUUUCGGAUCUCGUAUUGUUUCUUCUCCGGCAGGGAGCCAACCCGGCAGUGAAAAAUAACUUU